UUAGAAGUUAGAACCAGCAGGAGCAGCCACUUGGUAGUAGGCGUUAGGUUAUGUAGCGUUUAUCGUGGACCGACAGGUUACCGCUAUAGUAGAUAAGUUAUCGACAUUGUAAAUAGUAUGUUACUGUAACUAAAGAAUAAAAUUGUAUUUUAAGUAACAUUUGUAAUACUUAACAAGAGGUUAUGAGUAACCAGAGUAUGCCUAAUAAUGUUGAAACCAACACUUCAGCAUCGAUAAAUCACCCUAAACUAGAAUCUGAAAUGUCAAAUGUAGUGGAAGGAGUACAAAAGCGAAAGUUGUCAGAAGGUAAAGAUGAGCAUCCUCGAAACAAGAAGCGGAGGAGAGGUAUGAAUAAAAAGCGAGGACCAACGUUCCGAGUGAACCGCGAGUGUCAACUGUGUCCACAGCUGGUGGACAGACGGUCAGACAGCGAUCCAGGGUGUGUUCUGGCCGCGUGCAAGUUUACGCAUGAUUUGACACAGUAUUUGGCUGAGAAACUGCCCAGUCUGGGUGACGAGUGCUACGUCUUCAAGAUCAGAGGUCACUGUCCUCGCGGUCUCACCUGCAGGUAUGGCUCCAAGCACAUUGCAGAUGGAGGUCUGAACAUAGUGGACGAGAGCCGGUUUGCGGAGUGGAAAUCUAACAGAAGUCUUCACACAAUCAACAGUCUCAAACAUGAAGUUCAACGACAUUUGUGGAAGCAAACAUACGAUUUCGAACGGGCGACAAAGGUGAUAUCUCAAUGGAACCAAGACAACCAGCAAAAGAAAGAAGCUGCAAUAGAAAACGGAAAUGAUAAAGUCAGUAUUGAACUCAAAGACGAAGGUCACGCAGGAAAUACUGGUGAAGGUGCCAUCGCUGUUCCUGAGAUUGAUAAUUGUGAUCAGAAGAAUGGCUCGAGUAGUGAGGUUGGAAUGGAAACCACUGGGGACAGUACAGUCCACGCGAAGGUGGGGCCAGUUUUAGACACUGACAUUAUCAAACUUCGAGAUGAAGAGAAAAGGAAGAUAGACUGGCGGGACAAGCUGUUCUUGUCUCCCCUCACGACGGUGGGUAACUUGCCAUUUCGCCGAGUGUGCAAGGAGUUCGGGGCCGACGUCACGUGUGGUGAAAUGGCCAUGGCUACCAACCUACUGCAAGGCAAAGGGCAGGAGUGGGCCCUCACCAAGCGGCAUGGCAGCGAGGACUUGUUCGGGGUCCAGGUGUGUGGAGGUAACAUCCAUGUGAUGACGAGAUGUGCACAGCUGAUACAAGAUCAGGCCGAAGUGGACUUUAUAGACAUCAACGUUGGAUGUCCUAUUGACCUGAUAUAUCAGCAGGGUGCAGGCAGUGGACUUCUCAACAAGAAGAAGGUGCUGUUCUCCAUAGUGAAAUGUAUGAAGGGCGUGCUGGACAUCCCCUUGACAGUGAAGACCAGGAUGGGGGUGUACAGCGGCAAGAAUGUGGUCCACACGUAUAUGGGCAGCCUGGCGGAGUCUGGGGCAGACCUUAUCACUAUACAUGGAAGAACGAAGGAGCAACGUUAUACAAAGCUGGCGGAUUGGGACUAUAUAGAGCAGUGUGCCCAGCUGGCCAAACCUACUCCUGUCAUCGGCAAUGGGGACAUUCUCUCCUACGAGGACUUUGACACAGCAAGGAAGCGAAGCCCGACAUCAGCCAGUGUGAUGAUUGGCCGAGGUGCUCUCAUCAAGCCUUGGAUCUUCACAGAGUUGAAGGAUCGGAGACACUGGGAUAUCUCCAGUCAGGAGAGAUACGAGUUACUGCAGCGGUUCACAAACUAUGGACUGGAACACUGGGGCAGUGAUACUAAGGGGGUGGAGACAACUCGGAAGUUCUUACUGGAAUGGUUAUCAUUUCUGUACCGCUAUGUUCCUGUGGGAUUGCUAGAGUGUCCUCCACAGAAAAUGAACGAGAGACCGCCCAAGUUCGAAGGACGCAACGAGCUGGAACAGCUGAUGGCAAGUCAUCUGUGUACGGACUGGAUUAAGCUCAGUGAAAUGCUCUUGGGACCUGUACCAGAAGGAUUUCAGUUUCUGCCCAAACACAAAGCCAACUCGUGGACAUAAAGACAUCAUAUAUUUUAAAUAAAUUAAUAUUGACUAGUUAAUGUUA